ACAAGACUUUUAUCGGUCACAGCAAUGUAACGGGCUGUACCGUUAUAAACCACAUCCAAGGGGUGUAAUUUUAAACUAGGGCGUCAAUAUAUUGAUGAUUUUACGAUAACUUUUGAUUUUACAUUCAGGCUUCGAACUCGCUACCUAAAAGCGGGGUCUUUCACUUCACCGUCGCGACUCUGAGAACUUACUUAACCGAAACUGUUUAAAAGUGACACUCCCGCGUGUAAAUGUGAUAAUUACUGACGGUUCACCUUAGCGCUGUAACUUUGCUGCUCUGAGUCAUGCUUUCACCCGAUUGGCUGUUUGACAGGCGCGUGCGAAAUGACCUGUGAGGUGUGUCCAUUCUGCGGGAAAACGUACAAAAGGUUGAAGAGCCACUUGCCACAUUGCAAGGCAGCUGCUGCCUCUAAAGCGCCACCAUCCAAACCAGAUGUCACAGCAAACCAGACAGCAUCGUCUUCUCAGCUGGACUCGGUUUUGUCCAGAGCAACAACAAAGGGAAGGAAGUCAUCGUCAUCAGUCAUAACAGAUCUACAAGGACAGACGCGUAAAAGGGACACAGCAUCAGGACCAUCAAAUGCGACAUCUUCAUCACCACGAACAUCAUCAUCCAUGACAUUACUUUCACCAACUACGAAGAAGAAACUAAAGCUGGUUGAUCAAAUAAAGACAAGCACCCUUUUGUUAUCUCCAUCUCCAGCUCUGCCCCCCACCACUUCUAAACCAAAAAAGAAGAGUCUCCGUGCAUUGAUAGAAGCUGCUAAGUGUGACCAAAUUAAAAAGGAAUCGCUAAAGGUGUCUGAAACAGAACCAACUGUAAGCUCCAGAAACACAGCUCAGACAGAGCCCAAAACUAUCUCAGGCAAAGACUAUGCCCAUCUGUCUGCAGACACUAAACCCAAAGAUGCACCUAAGAAGACACCAAAGACAAAGAAUCAUGUUAAUCAGAUGCUUGCCACAACCAAACAGAGUGAAAGUAGCACAAAAUUCACAGAGAAAAGUCACAAGUUUUGGGAGGAUGGCAAGCAGGAGAUUGAGGAUUCAUCCAUGAAUAAUUUUGUUUUGAAGUUAGGAAAUGGCCACCAGGCAAAGAUCACCCUCCAGGAUGUUAAAGCCACAUUAGGCCGAGCUAGACCACCUCGUCAGUCCAGCAGGCCGAGCAUCCUGAGCCAAAUUCAAACUAAUGACAACCUGUCCAGUAAAAUCGGAGUCGAUACGGGUGUUGGACCAGUUCCACUUUUAGAAGAUAAUCAAAAGUAUGUUGCGACUCAGUCUGAUGAGCUGCUGAGUACUAGCCCACAACAUGCAGGCCUAAAAUCAGAUAAGAAAAUACCCUCAAAGACUAAACAACUGGCUUUAGUCCCUCUGCGAGAUGUGCCAGAAUCGACCCCUCCUACAGCUCCCUUCCUGUGUGCGUCAUCUCAGCUGUGGCAAGCUAUGCCUCCUCCAGUCAACCUGAAUGAGGGGCUGAAGGUGAGCCAUCACAUGACAGGCCUCCUCACAAAAUCGGCACCAGUGGGUCAGUUUUCCAGCCUUCUUUCCCCUCUUGUAUCACAAAGUCUACCAGUGAAGGUGGAGACAGUGGACAAGCCCGAGGUCAGGAAGCAAUGCACUGCUGAAAGUCCAAACGAAGGAGCUCUGACACACCGGAGUCUUGGACAGGUGAGACUGAGGGAAUUACCUAAAUGGCUUGCCUGCAAAGCCCCAAGCCAUCCAAAAGAUGCUGUGGAAAUGUUGCAAAGAGGCUGGCAAUGGUAUUACAGGCGGUAUAUUGAUGUGAGGAAAGGAGGUGUAGGUGGACUGGGCAUGUUGUUAGCAGGAUACUGCGUGCUCAGCUACAUCUGGAGUUACCGCCACAUAAGUAAGUGUGUUUUACUAAGUGUGUGCUCCAUUUAACUGAUGGAUUUGGAGAUAAGCUGGCUUUCUUUUUUUUCCUUUUUCCUAGAGCUUGAUCGCUGGAGGAAGUAUCACUAAGGGUCAAGGAAAGAUACUUGGAGCAGCAGCAUUGACAGAGAAAAGAUUCAGAACUUCAGGACUCCAUAUGAUGAAUUUGCACAGCAUUUAUAACUGAGAAAUUGGUACCGUUACUUGUCGGCAUGUAAGCCCUUCCCUUCAGCCAAUUUUGUGUAUUCUGUCACCAGCAUACAUUGUGGGAGCACUAUAUAGUAUAUAAAUGAUAAAUAGUGAAGCAAGUGCAAAAGUGCCUUAAACUGAAUUCUCUGUAGUGACCACAAGUGUACAACUCUUCUGGUUGGAAAACAAGUACAGGUGUAUAGAAGUCUAUGUCAAUUCUCCAGUGAGUUUAGGGUCUCAAUAGGUAGUUUCAAGCUUGAUUGAAUGCAACAUGCUUAUUUUUUGAAUUCUAGAAGCAAGUCUUGCCGUUGGGUUCUUGUUUGGGCAGUUUCAUUUUAGUGGUCACUGGGACAUAAAACUGCAUGUGUGGUGUCACCAGUCAGAUCUGGUAAAACUGGCUUAAUCCUGAUGACUUUUCCCCAAAAUAAGCCUUUGUUGUUCCCGUUUGUCCUACUACCUUGUUUGCUUUUGCUGAAUUCUCCCAGAUAUUUAUAUUUAGAAUUGGGCGUCGUGUGUUUCUUUCAAUCUCUCUGGUUGUCCAUCUUUUGUAUAAAGUCUAAAAGCAUAUGUUAUGAAGACAGACUGCAUGAUUAUGAAUUUUCCUAAUUAAAUGAAUUACAAAUGAAUACAAAACUGAAACAUGUAACUUUCUAUCUCUAGGUGACUAUGAUAAGAGUAGUUUCAUUCUUAUCUGUAUAAGGUCUCUAAAAUGAAAGCUUGUCAUGCUGCAUUGUAUUAUUUUAAAAUGCUUGUGUUUUUGUAUGUUUCUUUUAUUAUUCCUGUCUUAUUUAUUUCAUGGAGAAAAUGUUAAAAAAAAAAAAAAGUAUUUGCUUUAAAAAAAAACCAAAAAACAGCUUUUUUAAGGGUCAAAACAUUUUUCCUCAUCAGUGACCACUGUGUGUUCCAGACAUCCACUAGCUGUCACUGUUGGGUUAUGUUACUUGAACCAAAGGGGGCUGGUCUAAUGUCUGCUGUGCAGUUUUCUCAGCGUUUUUGUGUAGAGGCAUCGGUGCUGGAGUCCAUAAAAGGAUUAAAGAGAACCAACAGAUUUCUAACUUGAUAAAAUAUUACUUUGGCAGCCGUGAUGCAGAGAAACAUGAAAUCUAAAUGUCAUGACAUCAGUGAAAAGAUCAUAUCUGUGCAGCAGAGGGUAACAAAUCUGGUUUUCCUUUGCCACUGCUUCCUCUGUCACAUGAUGUGAUUAUGCAUGCUUAGUCCAUCAGUGCCAGUGUGUGAACCCUCACAGAAUAGCAAUGGAGGGAAAUCGAAGGAGGUUUUCAGCCGGACUGGACCAGUUCCUUGUUGUACACAAAAUGAAUUUAUUGUUAAAUCUCCUAACUGCUGUAUUGAACAAAUACAAAUAAAGAAACAACAGCA